AUGAGAGGAAAUGGAAAGAAUAAGAAUGGACCGAAUGCCACAUCCAGGUCCCAGGCACGCCUUUCCGUGACGCUGAGAGAAGAAACAAGUGGCAAGAAACACGGGAAUGUUAAUCCAAAAACAAUGUGCAAGCUCGAUCAUCUGAAAAACAUUGCAGUGUGGGCUGCAGUCGAGGCUUCUGUGCCCUCACUUGGUGCUUUCCUUGGGGAGCGUUUGGCUGCCACAACCGAGGCAUUGGGCCUUCGAGCUGACCCGGCGUCAUUUGUCUGUGAAAGAUGUGAAUCAAUUCUGGAACCCGGUUCCAAUUGCACGGUCAGGAUCGAGAGGAACAAAUCAAAUAAACGGCGGCAAAAGCACAAGAAAUCCAACCCCACCACUAAGAACAACGUUGUUUACAGAUGCCACUUUUGUUCCCACCGGAAUUUGGUUAGAGGCACUCCAAAGGACCAUCUAAAAGAAAUAUGUCCACGAAAGGCCAAACCACCCGUGAAAUUAGAGGCUCCCCAUGUUGAUGCUAUUGGUCUGCCGACUUCCGGCGAACAAAACCUUGAAAUGAGCUGCCCCGAAACUCCAUCUCCGGCAACCGGUCUCUCGCUGUUGGACUCAAAGAGAAGGAAAAGGAAUAGGUCCAGCGUGAAGAAAGUGACCGGAGAUGCAAGUGCCAUAAAUGCGGAUGAUGAGGAAAAGAGCAAACAGGGUUCGACUAAGAGGAGGAAAAGAUCGUGGACGAGCCUCAAGGAGAUUGCAGAGAGUGGCAGUAAGAAGUUUGCGAAUGUAACAGUUCCUUUCUUUAUCUAA